UAUUGUUACUAUGUAGAAUGGUGUCCUUUACCAUAAUUGUGCGCUUGCAAGAGAAGGAAUCAGUAAGAUGUACAAGCAGUGUCAUACGGAACAUCUGAUACAAGAGAUCGGAUUUGAAGGUUGUGGUGCUCUGACUGCUCUCGGCGUCUAAGCCCGCAUUGGAGUCCUCCGCCUGCCACAGUCUCAACUGGAACACUGUUUUAGUCCAACACUUUUGACCCAAAUCUCCCCCUGGAAUCGGUCUCUCCUGCUGCUUUAAUAUCGAGUUCUCAACCUAAUGGGGAAGAAUGAAGAAAAUGAUCUUGUAUCAGGAACUUUCACAUGGAAAAUCGAUGAAUUCUCCAAGUUGAAUGCUGACAAGUGUUAUUCUGAAGUUUUUGUUAUUGGCGGUUUCAAAUGGCGGGUCUCUCUAUAUCCUAAGGGGAACAAAGCAGAAAACUCCAUAUCCAUGUAUUUGGAUAUUGCAGAUUCCAAAACAUUGCCUUAUGGGUGGACUAGAUAUGCCAAAUUCAGUUUCACCUUGGUUAAUCAACUUGAUAGAAACAUGUCAGUCACUAGAGUCACUAAGCAUAAGUUCAAUGCGAGAGAGAGUGACUGGGGAUUCACGGAAUUCAUGCCUUUAAGUGAGAUGCAUGACCUCUCUGAAAGCUAUCUUGUGAAUGAUAUUUGUAUUGUUGAAGCCAGUGUUUCAGUUCGUAAGGGUGAUAUUAAAAUCUUAGACAAUGAAACUGGCGAGCUUAUGGAUUUUAAGGGUUUAGGACGAAUAGAGUUGGCUUUUCAUCCACUGCUAGAGGAAGUAUGUUUGUCGCAGCCUUCGUUGAUUGAGUGCCAACAGAAAAGGAGUCGUACAUUUGUUGAAUGUGCAUUCACAACAUUGGGCCGACUCUUACGUUUCCUGAAGACUACAAAGGUGAAGGAUUUGAACCAAGAUGGCUAUGAGAGGCUUCAAAUUUUAUGGGAUGAGCUCGAAAGCUUCAAGUUUGACUUGACUUGGCUGCAGCCUCAUGUUCAAUCUGUUUUUGGUAUGAAGAACAUGACCGGAAGAGUUGAUAGAAUGAGAGAAGAUGUCAAUAUUUUGGAGAGUGAAAUCAGGAGGCGGAGGGCUAUGCUAGCAGCUGCAGAGGUUGACCUUGAGAGAGCGAAAGAAGAUUUGGUAAAGGCAGAACAAGGGUUUAAAAAGAUAGGUGGUGUGGAUUGUGUAAUAGACUAUCCGUUGGCUUGAAUGUAGAAUUCAAAUUCUCUCUAUUCCGAACUAGUUUGUUACUGCUAUGUUUGCACUGUAUUGCUUCCAGCAGGACUAGUGAGUUCUAAAAUGUUUGCAUCCAAGAAUCUUUGCUAUGUGAUUUUCUUAGCUUCGCAUUA